GGUGUCUACUCGAGUGAAAGGAUGGCAGGAUUCUUCUCCUACGAGAGUUCACAGGUCGACUGGUGUGAAGGCAACUACAAACACUCUGAGCAUGUGGUGGAGUUCUUUAACACUAUGAGCAGCUUUAUUUUCUUCAUUAUAUCUCCCAUCAUGCUCUACCUCCUUCACCCUUACGCCAAAGAGAGGAACUUGGCAAUCCAUCUGGUCUGGGUUAUGAUGUUAUUCGUAGGUUUGUUCUCGGCCUACUUCCACAUGACUCUCAGUUUUGCUGGCCAGAUGCUGGACGAGCUCUCAAUCUUGUGGGUAUUGGCAGUGGGAUACGCCGUCUGGUUCCCACGCAGGCUGUUCCCUUCUUUUAUAAAAGACAGGUCCACCUUCUCAAGGCUCAUCCUGGCGGUUACUGUGGUUACUUCCGUGUCCUCCUUCGUCCAACCUACAGUCAACGCCUAUGUUCUGAACUGCUUCGGCCUGCACAUGCUCUACAUUCUGGCUAUCGAGAUGAGAUGCUGUACUGACCAGAAAGUUUUGAGACUGGCCAAAUUGUCGGUGGCUUUGUGGAUGCUGGCUAUCUCUUGUUGGAUCAGCGAUCGCUUUGGCUGUGGAUUUUGGCAGAGGCUAAACUUCUGCUACUUGCACAGUAUCUGGCACAUUUUGAUCGUGAUAGCUGUGGCCUAUGCAACGACACUGAUCGCUUACCUGGACGCCAACAAUGAGAUCCCCUACUCACUACCUGGACUGCAGUACUGGCCCUGUGAUGAAUGGGCACUUGGAUUACCUCACAUUGUCCUCAAAGGCACAACAAAGACACUCAAACGGUGCUAA